GAUGCUGAGUCCCGCCGCCGCCUCCCCCGCCCCUCCCAGCGCCCCAGGCUCCGACAGCAUCCCCGAGGGCACGAGCGUGUCUCCAGGACGCCGGGAGAGGCCCCUUGGGCCGUGCGCGCCGCCGGGGCUGGCGGAGGCGCUGAGCGCACUGGGGCUGGAGGGAGAGCGCGAGUACGCUGGGGACAUCUUCGCCGAAGUCAUGGUGUGCCGCGCGCUGCCCUGGAGCGCCCUGCCCCGGACCGUGACCCCAGAGAUGCGCGCGCUAGUGGUGGACUGGCUGAUCCAGGUGCACGAGUACUUGGGCCUGGCGGGGGACACGCUCUACCUGGCGGUGCACCUGCUCGAUGCCUACCUGCGCGCCCGCCGAGUGCGCCUACACCGCCUGCAGCUGCUGGGCGUGGCCUGCUUGUUCGUCGCCUGCAAAAUGGAAGAGUGCGUGCUUCCCGAGUCUGCCUCCCUCUGCCUCCUGGGCGCUGGCUCCUUCUCGCGGGCCGAGCUUCUGCGCGCCGAGCGCCGCAUCCUGAGCCGCUUGGAUUUCCGGCUGCACCACCCGGGUCCGCUACUCUGCCUCGGGCUACUCGCCGCGCUGGCCGGAAGCAGCCCCCAGGUGAUGCUACUUGCCACCUACUUUCUGGAGCUGUCUCUGCUGGAGGCCGAGGCCGCAGGGUGGGAGCCCGGUCGGCGCGCAGCUGCGGCGCUGAGCCUGGCGCACCGCUUGCUCGACGGGGCGGGCUCCGGCCUCGAGCCCUCGCUUUACAGCCCCGCAGAGCUGCGCCCGCUCGAGCCGUGCAUGGCCCGCGCCGCGCUCCGAGGCCCCGCGCCCGGCCGCGCCGCCAUCUUCCUCAAGUACGCGCGGCCCCAGCGCCAGGGCACCAGCCUCGCCGCCGCCCGCCUGCUCCGCCGCCCCCAGACCGGGCCUCCCUAAGCCGGGAGACCCCAUCAAAAAAGACUGUCCGUGUGUAUCCGUUUCCCACUUCAAUAAAAGAG